GGUCUCUGGAGGUGUCGCCUGCCUCGGGGUGCUCAGGUGCUGUGGGCGAUCUGUCCCGGUGCUCCCGUCUCCGUGGUCUUGCCCUGGACUCCUUUGUUGGAAACGGGCGCACUGAUUUGUGACACGCUUCUUAAAGUCUGGCUUUUCGCGGCUCCAAACAGUGCCUCUGAGUCACUGCUGAGGACUUUGGCAGAACCCUUUUCAGAUGCGGACACCUGAGGAAUUAAUUUAGUUCCCGCCAGCCUGGUUAAAUUCAUUCCUUCAGCUUCUGCUAUUGAGGGUGGGAGUGACGCUGGCCUUAACAUUGCUUUCAGACUAGAAGAUGAAUAAUCUUUCCUUUAGUGAACUGUGUUGCCUCUUCUGUUGUCCACCAUGCCCAGGGAAAAUUGCGUCUAAGCUGGCAUUCUUACCUCCUGAUCCCACAUACACACUUAUGUGUGAUGAGAGUGGUAGUCGCUGGACCUUGCAUCUCUCAGAGCGAGCAGACUGGCAAUAUUCUUCUAGAGAAAAAGAUGCCAUUGAGUGCUUCAUGACUAGAACAUGUAAAGGCAACAGGAUUGCCUGUAUGUUCGUGCGUUGCUCACCUAACGCCAAGUACACUUUGCUCUUCUCACAUGGAAAUGCUGUUGACCUGGGUCAGAUGAGCAGCUUUUAUAUAGGACUGGGUUCGCGGAUUAAUUGCAACAUAUUCUCCUAUGAUUAUUCUGGAUAUGGUGCAAGUUCUGGGAAGCCUACAGAGAAGAAUCUCUAUGCUGACAUUGAUGCUGCUUGGGUGGCUCUUAGAACAAGGUAUGGAAUUCGCCCUGAAAAUGUGAUUAUAUAUGGCCAGAGUAUAGGAACAGUACCAUCUGUGGAUCUUGCUGCUAGGUAUGAAAGUGCUGCUGUAAUUCUUCAUUCUCCACUGACCUCAGGAAUGCGAGUAGCUUUUCCUGAUACAAAGAAGACAUACUGCUUUGAUGCAUUCCCGAACAUUGACAAAAUUUCUAAAAUAACAUCUCCUGUCUUAAUAAUCCAUGGAACUGAAGAUGAAGUAAUUGACUUUUCACAUGGCCUGGCAUUAUUUGAGCGUUGCCAGAGACCUGUAGAACCACUGUGGGUAGAAGGAGCGGGCCAUAAUGAUGUGGAACUCUAUGGACAGUACCUUGAAAGAUUAAAACAGUUUGUGUCACAGGAACUGGUGAACUUGUAACUUCCAUUGUGUAUUUACAGGUUUUUUUUUUCAUUUCACUGCAGAACUGCACACUUUGAUAAAUAUGUAACUUAAAACCUGAAUGUUGUGUUUUCAAAUCAUCUUGGUUGCCUUCAUUAAAUCUACAGGUAAUGAUUUGUCAACAUAAUUAAUGAAGGUUUUAAUGUCAGUGUUAUAAACUGGAAUUACAUCAUCAUUCAGUCAGACUUGGCAGUUCAUAUUUCUUUUUGUGAGGUUUUUUCCUCCUUACAUGUAAAGAAAAAAAAUCACAAGGAGUACUGUAAGAAAAUUUAAUUAUAUAAAACCAAAUGCUGUAAAAGUGUUGGCAAGUGCUUUAGCAUAUCAAAAUCAAGCUUAUAAAUAUUUUUUAAACAUCUCAAAGUGUACUGUGACUUACUCUGUUGCACAGGUGUAAUUAAGAAACUGACUUCUAAGCUGUUCUGUAAAAAUGUAAUAGCCAUGAAAUUUGAGCAAAUGCUAAUGUAUCUAAUGAGAAUAAACAGUCACUGGAAAUUACUUAUGCCCUGUUACAGGAAGAGGGGGCAAAAUAGAUAUAUUUUCCCAUAUUUUUCAUUUAUUUUGUGCUUAGUUUUCCUUUAGUUAUUUUGUACUCAUAUUGUCUCUUAGCUUUCAGGAUAAUAAAAUAUAUCUGCUCAUGUUCUCAGGAGUCUUAAUCUUGCCAAAAUAAUUCCACAAGUUGUCAUUGUUGUAAUGCAAGUAUCAUUCACAUGAUUGCUACUGAGGCCAAAAAAUACCUCUUUGAAACCAGACUUAAAACCUAGAAGAAUUCUUGAACCAUGUAGUUUUAAACACUGAUUUUCUAGAGCCACAGUGUGUCAUUAAGAAGAACCUUGAAGUUUAUCCAAUAUUGUAAUAAAGAGUUUGCAACUUAGCAGUGGUCUGAUCAGGCUUAAUUUUGGAUGUUUAGUGUAAAAACUUAAUGUUUUUUGAGUAUUGUAUGGAAAUUUUACUAAUUGGGCCUGGGUGGAGUAGGAGGAUUGGCAAGAAGAGAAUAUUAACAUUUUUCUAUUAACUCAUCAUGAAAUAAACUUACCUUUCCCUUGAAUGCAUUUUACUUGAAUAAAACGAUGAAAAAUAAACUUAAUUAUAUGUAGCCUAGUUGUGAACAAGAUAAUAUUCCAGCAAUACACGCUGUACUUUUAAGGCCUUACGUAGUUCAAUUGUUCUCCUUGUUUUUUGCGAUUGAGAUUAUUGUAUACUUAAAUGUAGCUUUGAGUAUUGUGAAAACUUUGGUUAAGAUGUGUUGAUUAGCAGUAAACAAUAUUCCACAAA